UUUUCUCGGCAGCUUCUAUUAUUAGAAAAAUCUAAGCGCAAACAUAGGCUGAGGUCAUCCUUCCGAACCCUUUCAUCGCCAGCGAUCCCGGCUUGCUUCGGAGGCACGAGCGGCGGCUUCCUUUUCACCCGGUGGUGCUUACCUUCAUUUUGUAUCUAUAUAUCUCCGUUGAUCUCGCGGAUUAGACGCGGCAGAGUUUAUUUGAAUGGAUGGUCAAAGAUUUAAGCUAACAGGAGGGCCAUUCAGACAAGUAGGACAACAAAGAGAAGGGGAGGAGGUAACUAUUCCUUUAGCAGAGGCACAUCUAGAUUUCUCUGUUAAAGAUUCAGUUGAAGAUUUUCGUUUGCCAAUCAAUCACAGACCUGUGGAGAACCUUAUAAUAGAUGACCUUGAGCAAGCAUCCCUGGAUACACAACUCACAUCAUCGAACAUAGGUUAUAGGCUUCUACAGAAGAUGGGAUGGAAAGGCAAGGGCCUUGGCAAAGAUGAGCAAGGCAUAGUUGAACCAAUAAAAGCAGGCAUCCGGGAUCCAAAAUUAGGUGUGGGGAAACAGGAACAAGAUGACUUUUUUACAGCUGAAGAGAAUGUCCAGAGGAGGAGACUGGAAGUUGAACUUGAGGAGACUGAGGAGCUUGCUAAGAAGCGUGAGGUCUUGAGCUUUUCGUGCAAUUUUUAUUAUCUGGUGGCUUCUACUGCCUGCUUCGUGCAAAUGAUGACAAUCCAGGUUAUAGCAGAGCGUGAGCAAAAAAUCCAAACCGAAGUGAAGGAAAUAAAGAAGGUGUUCUUUUGCAAUCUCUGCAACAAGCAGUAUAAGUUGGCGGUGGAAUUUGAAGCACAUCUGAGUUCAUAUGACCACAACCAUAGAAAGCGGUUUAAGGAAAUGAGAGAUAUGCGUGCUAGCAGCAGUCGCGAUGAUAGGCAAAAAAAGGAGCAAUUGCGUCAAGAAAAAGAGGUGGCCAAGUUUGCUGCUCAAAUGUACGUUUACCAUUACGAUGCUCGCAGAAGACAGCAUGAGCAGCUUCAAGAACAGAGUGAGGUCCCAACUGAUUCAAGCAAGGGAGGAAAUGCAACUCCAGUUAAUGAUCAAAGACAGACCUUGAAGUUUGGGUUCACUUCAAAGCUUGGAUCUACUAAGAACCCUGCUGCUACUGCUGCUAAGAAGGCAAAGAUAGCUGUAAAGGUUACAUCAGUGUUCGGCAAUGAUAGCGACGAAGAAUCAUGAUCUAGAAAGUAGUUUUAAUUUUCUCAAGAGAUUUAUGUUUUGUUUGGGACAGCUUUCUUAGUGCUUUUUAAAACAGUUUUUAAUACAAAAAUCUUUUGUACUAAAAAGCAGAAAUACAUCCCAAACGAAGCCUUACAACUGAAGAGGCUGAAGAUUCUGCCUAAAAUAUAACAUUUUGAUCUCAUGUUCAUUAUUGUCGAAUCUUAUUCAAGAAUGUUUUAUCUUUUCAGUGUUCUUGCUGAAAUCUGGACUUUGCCACUUGACAUUAUGAUAUCAUGAAGCAGCAGGAUAUUUUUUAUUUUCCUU